UACUUCCUGCUGCAGCCGCCACCAUGUUCUGGAAGUUCGACCUGCACAGCACGUCCCACAUGGAGCAGCUGCUGGAGCGUGAUGACGUGACGCUGCACGAGCUCAUGGAGGAGGAGGACGUGCUGCAGGAGUGCAAGGCCCAGAACCGCCGGCUGCUGCUCUUCCUCUCCCAGGACCAGUGCAUGCACGAGCUAGUAGGCCUCAUCACACAGGAGCCCCCUGCUGACCUGGAGGAGAAAGUGCGCUUCAAGUUCCCUAACAUGAUAGUGAAGCUGCUGACGGCGAUCGGACGGACGGUGAUCAACGCAUAGAUGGGCGGCGAGUAGGUCCUGAGAAGCUGUAUCCUCCUGGAGCAGGAGCCGCCGCUUAACCCACUGCUGGCCAGCUUCUUCAGCAAGACCAUCGGCAACCUCAUCGCCCGCAAGACCGAGCAGGUGAUCUCGUUCCUGAGGAAGAAGCACAAUUUCAUCAGUCUGGUGCUGAACCACAUCAGACAAAGGCGGGCCAUGAUGGACCUGUUGCUGCGUGUGUGUGUGUGUGUGCGUGUGGCCCCUGUCCGACAGGAGGUCCUCAACUGGCUGAACGAGGAGCGUCUGAUCCAGAGGCUCACAGCACUUAUACACACAGGCAGAGAUGAGGAGAGACAAUCCAACGCGUCCCAGACCCUCUGUGACAUCAUUCGCCUCAGCAGAGACCAGGCCAAUCAGCUGGCAGAGGCCGUGGAGCCCGACCCUUUACUCGCAGUCCUGGAGUCACAGGAGAACGUGUCUGAGCUGCUGAAGACCAUGUUUGAGGGGGAGCGGACAGAAGCAUCGGUCGUCAACGGAACUCAAGUGCUACUUACAUUACUGGAGUCACGGAGGACGGGGCUUGAGGGGCUUAUGGAUCUGUAUUCUCAGGGAAGUGAACGGUCGUACACUGUCAGCGGCAGUAUUCUGCGUGCUAUUGAGCCUCAUCUUAAAGACUUCCAGCAACUUCUACUUGACCCUCCCAAGAAAAGUGCAAUAUUGACGACGGUGGGUGUGCUGGAGCAGCCCCUGGGUAGUGCCCGUCUGCACGUGGCACGGCUGGUGGCCGCUCUGCUCCAGACCAGCGAUGCCAGCCUCUGCCACGAGCUCUGCCGCCUCCACAUCAUGGACAAGCUGCUGGAUCUCUUCUUCAAGUACACCUGGAAUAACUUCUUGCACUUCCAAGUGGAGCUGUGCGUGGCGUCCAUCUUGAACCACUCCGGCCCCUGUGAGUCCCUGGCCCUAGCCUCUGUGGCUACCUCUGGCCUGCAGAACCACCUGGAGCAAACAGGCUCUGCCCCCACCACCUCCCCUAGCCCCGCCCCUAGCCCAAGCCCCGCCCCUGCUAAUGCCGCCGACGCCGCCACCUCCAGCCCCCCCGCCGACGGCGAGGCCAAAGCGCCGCUGAGCAGCGUGGCCGAGCCCCCCGCCCAGACCUCCGUCCACGACAUGCUGGUGGCACAUCUCUUCCAGCAGUGCCGUUUGGUACAGAGGAUUCUGGAUGCCUGGGAGGAGAACGACAAGAUUCAGUCAGAGGGGGGCACCAGGCGAGGCAACAUGGGCCACCUGACGCGCAUCGCCAACACGGUGGUGCAGAACCUGGAGAAGGGCCCUGUGCAGUCCCACAUCAGCGGUCUCAUCAAAGAGCUGCCAGAGGACUGCAGGGGGCGCUGGGAGAGCUUUGUUGGGGAGACGCUGAGAGAAACCAACAGGAGGAACACCGUGGACCUGGUGAGCACACAUAACCUCCACUCAUCCAGUGAGGAUGAUGACAUGGAGAGUCCAUUCCCCAAUGACCUGUCUAUCCAGCAGGCUUUCUCAGACUAUCAGAUCCAGCAGAUGACUGCCAACUUUGUGGAUCAGUUCGGCUUCAAUGAUGAAGAGUUCCACGAACACGACGAAAACAUCAAUGCUACAUUCGACCGCAUUGCUGAAAUCAACUUUAAUAUCGAUGCGGAGGAGAAUAGUGCCAAUGCAGCUGCAUUUGAGGCAUGCUGUAAGGAGAGGAUACAGCAGUUUGAUGACUGUGAGGAGGAAGAGGAGGAUAUCUGGGAGGACAAAGAGAUAAACUAUGCAACACAAGUUAAAUCUCGAUCCAGGUUCGGAGUGUGUCUGUCGUCAGACGGAGCCUCUAAAGCGCUGAAGAACGGUGGGCGAGGGGGCCGCAGGUCGGCCUCUGAUGACGAUGAAGAGGAGGGGCCAAUACAGGCCGCGGCCCACUCUCCCUCCCCUAAAGGGCCAGCGGCUCCAGAGACGCAGAGCCCAGGCUGGACAGCCACGUUUGGCGAUGGGGACGCUAGUGGUGUGUGUGUGGGCUCCAGCCCCUGGGGUACCCCCUCCACUGAGCAGAGUGCUCCCAACACACAAGACACCGGCUGGGCCAACUUCACAGAGUUCCAGCCCUUCAGCAGUUCAGGCAGCAGUGCCACAGGUGCCCAGGCCACACAGACCCCAGACAAAACAGUGACGGGCUCGGGGGUGUGGGAGGUGUGUGGUGGGGGCAGGAAGGCUCCCCUGGUGGCCUCAGACAGCAGCAGCUCCGGGGGCUCCGACAGCGAGGAGGAGGGAGAGGAGGCACACGCUGGAGACAAGAGCGCCCCCAAGAGUGAGGUACAGGUGCCGAUAGAGAAGCUGAGUGUGUCGGACAGCCCCCAGAAGGCGGAGUCAGGGGGGACCCCCCCUCCAGCAUCACCCCCCGCAUCAACCUCCGCCACAGCCCCCGCCACAGCCUCCGAGAACAUCACUGUGACAGACAAGAACUCUCCUCGUCCCCUCGUCUCCACAGCUCUCCUCGUCCCCUCGUCUCCACAGCUCUCCUCGUCCCCUCGUCCCCUCGUCUCCACAGCUCUCCUCGUCCCCUCGUCCCCUCGUCUCCACAGCUCUCCGCUGUUUUCUUUGCUGGUUUUUCAGCAGCAGCCCUGGGCUCCUGUUCUCCAGCAGUCGUGUCUAAAGUAG